GUUUGUGUGCAGUUCAUGCUCUGCAAGGUAAGGUCUGUUCAGUUUGGCCAGAAAGGCAUCCCCUGCCUAAACACCUACGACGACCGCACCAUCCGCUACCCCGACCCGCUCAUCAAGGCCAACGACACCAUCAAGAUCGAUCUAGAGACCAACAAGAUCAUGGACUUCAUCAAGUUUGACGUCGGCAACGUGGUCAUGGUGAUCAGCGGGAGGAACACCGGGCGUGUAGGAGUGAUCAAGAACAGGGAGAAGCACAAGGGCAGCUUCGAGACCAUCCACGUGCUGCUUGGAGCUUUUUGCUAUAUCUAGUUUUCUCCUAUUUGUUGUACAGGAAAACAUAGAAUGGAAUUCAACUUUGGUGGCCGCAAAAGUGUAGAGACUUGAUUUCAUAUAAAGUUAGGCUUAACAUUAGUGCAAACAGUUGUAUUUUAGUUUAGAUUUAGAGUACACUUAUGUAUGUGUUGUUU